AUGUCAGUGCUUAUAGUGACAAGCUUAGGGGAGAUAGUUGUGGAUUUGCACACGGACAAGUGCCCUCUGACUUGUAAAAACUUCUUAAAGCUCUGCAAGAUAAAGUAUUAUAAUGGGUGUCUUUUUCACACGGUUCAGAAGGAUUUUACUGCACAGACUGGUGACCCAACUGGAACAGGCUCCGGUGGUGAUUCAAUCUACAAAUUUUUAUAUGGUGAUCAGGCUCGCUUUUUCAAUGAUGAGAUUCAUCUUGAUUUAAAGCAUUCUAAGACAGGAACUGUUUCCAUGGCUAGUGCUGGAGAGAAUCUCAAUGCUUCUCAGUUCUACUUUACAUUGCGUGAUGAUCUAGACUAUCUCGAUGGGAAGCACACAGUUUUUGGGGAGAUAGCAGAGGGGUUUGAGACAUUGACAAGGAUCAAUGAGGCUUAUGUGGAUGAGAAAAACAAACCCUAUAAAAAUAUCCGAAUCAAGCAUACUUACAUUUUGGACGAUCCUUUUGAUGAUCCUUCGCAAUUAGCUGAGUUAAUUCCUGAUGCUGCCUCCCCAGAAGGAAAACCAAAGGAUGAGGUUGAGGAUAAUGUGCGGCUUGAAGAUGACUGGGUUCCUCUGGAUGAACAAUUAGGUCCACAAGAACUUGAAGAGCGUCUUCGUGCCAAAGACGCACAUUCCAGUGCAGUUGUACUUGAGAGUAUUGGGGAUAUUCCUGAUGUUGAGAUAAAGCCUCCUGACAACGUGCUUUUUGUUUGUAAAUUGAAUCCAGUCACAGAAGAUGAGGACUUGCACACAAUCUUUUCGCGUUUUGGAACUGUGCAAGCGGCUGAUAUAAUCCGUGAUUUCAAGACUGGAGACAGCUUAUGCUAUGCAUUCAUUGAAUUUGAGACCAGAGAGGCAUGUGAACAAGCAUAUUUUAAGAUGGAUAAUGCUUUAAUUGAUGACCGGAGAAUACAUGUGGAUUUUAGUCAGAGUGUUGCAAAGCUGUGGUCCCAGUACAGGCGCAAAGAUCAACAAAUGGGCAAAGGCAAAGGUUGCUUCAAAUGUGGUGCACUUGAUCACAUUGCCAAGGAUUGCACUGGUGAUUCUGCCAACAGACAGCAACCUCAAAGUACAUAUUAA